AUGGCUUCCCAUGGUUCGGCCGUCGACGCCCAAGGCUCCAGACGACCACUGGGGUUUCUAGCCAACGCGAUCAAGAGGAAACACAGCUUCAUCCAGCUCGGCGCCAUGACCGGGAUUCUGCUCCUGAGCGUCAGGUCGCUGGGGCAGAAGUACCGCAUCCACGACCUCGAGGACGACACGGCGGCUCUCAGGGAGGAGCAGCAGACGCUUGCCGACCGUAUGAAGACCAUCAAGGAAGCUUUGCUGCGGGAAGCGUCGCUCGAGCCUUCCGGCCGCUUCGCUUCUCGACUCCGCAGUCUCUUCGGCGAUGGAGAUUCGAACUAG